AUGGAAACGGGGAACGAUCUAAAAGAACGAUUAGAGAGGAGGAAGGAAGGAGUAACGGUGAACAGCAGCUUAGAUCACUUUCGGAAUCUUAAGGAAAACUAUAGACCAGCAACGCAGAGCUUUGAGCUGACCUGUUCGAUCCAACCGUUCUCCCACUGCUCUGUCACGCCGCUGAAAUGUACCCUGACACUGUGGCUAUUUCGAAAGCUCAAUCCAUACAGCGCUCGUUGGACCUCGCAGCUCGGAUAUGAGGCAAUCUGGUCUCCGCGAUUUAGCGGAAUAUCUCUCAAAAAAUUGCUAGACCUGUCAUAUAAUGAAAAGGGCAGACAACAAAUGGACAAGAACUGGAAUGGAUCCCUCGCGGAGCAAACGUCCUUAAGGGAGAUCAUGAGCAUGGGCUGCGUUGCAUGGACGCGUUUGCUGCCCGGAUGGGCUGAAAUUCAGCUGGUAACGACCAACGGAUGUGGAUCUUCGAAGUUCAGACAAUAA